CUGUAUAUUGAUGAUCCCCUUCUUUAACUUAAAUGUUCACCUGUUUUUGCUAGUUGCCUUUUUAGGAGACAUUGCUCUGGAUGAAGAAGAUCUCCUCAUGUUCAGAGAGGCCCACACCACGGAGGAUGACCAGCAGAGAGUCCAGAGCAACAGAACAGACUCAGUUAACGGUUCGACAUCAGAUGAGAGGAUCAGGAGAAGAAGAGCUCCCGUCAGGAUCCUCCAGCGUCUGAGGAGAGCGGCCACCGCUAGACGUGAGCGCGUCUGGCCCGAUGGCAUCAUACCGUACGCCAUCAGUGGGAAUUUUAGUGGCAGUCAACGAGCCAUUUUCCGACAAGCCAUGCGUCACUGGGAGAAACACACGUGUGUGACUUUCACCGAGAGGACGACUGAAGAAAGCUACAUUGUUUUCACCUACAGGCCGUGUGGGUGUUGUUCCUAUGUGGGCAGGAGAGGUCGAGGCCCCCAGGCCAUCUCCAUAGGAAAAAACUGCGAUAAGUUUGGCAUCGUCGUGCACGAACUGGGCCACGUCAUCGGCUUCUGGCACGAACACACGCGUCCUGACCGCGACGAACACGUGGUGAUCAUCAGAGACAACAUCCAACCAGGACAGGAGUAUAACUUCCUGAAGAUGGAGCCGGGCGAGGUGGACUCUCUUGGAGAAACGUACGACUUCGGCAGCAUCAUGCAUUACGCCAGGAACACGUUUUCCAGAGGAAUCUUCUUAGACACAAUCCUGCCCCGGUACGAGGUCGACGGCGUGAGGCCACCGAUCGGACAGAGGACCAUGUUGAGCAAAGGCGACAUUGCACAGGCCCGAAAACUCUACAAAUGUCCCAAGUGCGGCGACAGUCUGCAGGAGAGUUCUGGAAACUUUUCUUCUCCUGGUUUCCCCAACGGCUACUCAGCAUACGCUCACUGUGUCUGGAGGAUUUCUGUUACUCCUGGAGAGAAGAUUGUUUUGAAUUUCACUGCCAUGGACCUCUUCAGGAGUCACCUCUGUUGGUACGACCACGUCGAGGUCCGAGACGGGUUUUGGAGGAAAGCUCCACUGAAAGGUCGUUUUUGUGGAGACAAACUUCCAGAACCAAUCGUCUCCACCGACAGUCGACUGUGGAUUGAGUUCAGGAGCAGCAGCAGCUGGGUGGGCAAAGGCUUCUCGGCUGUGUAUGAAGCCAUCUGUGGCGGCGAGGUGAAGCAGGACAGCGGCCUAAUCCAGUCCCCCAACUAUCCUGAUGACUACCAGUCCAACAAGGCCUGCGUGUGGAGAAUCACGGUGGAGGAGGGCUUUAAUGUUGGACUCUCGUUUCAGUCCUUUGAGACGGAGCAGCACACCGUCUGUGCCUACGACUUCGUGGAGGUCAGAGACGGCAGCUCAGAGAAGAGUCCGCUGCUCGGCCGUUUCUGCGGCUACGACAAACCCGACGACAUUAAGAGCAGCUCCAACCAGCUGUGGCUGAAGUUCGUGUCUGACGGCUCUGUCAACAAAGCUGGGUUUGCAGCCAACUUUUUCAAAGAAGUGGACGAGUGCUCCAGUCCUGACAAAGGUCACUGUGAGCAGCGCUGUGUGAACACACUGGGCAGCUACAGAUGUGCCUGUGACCCUGGGUAUGAGCUGGCAGCUGAUAAACGCAGCUGUGACACAGCUGCCUGCGGUGGCUUCAUCACCGUGCUGAACGGUUCCCUCACCACCCCAGGCUGGCCCAAGGAGUACCCACCCAACAAGAACUGCGUAUGGCAGCUGGUGGCUCCCAUCCAGUACCGCAUCACCCUGGUGUUCGAUAUGUUUGAGACCGAAGGAAAUGACGUGUGUAAAUACGACUACGUGGAGGUGCGCAGCGGGUUGAGUUCCGACUCAACGCUUCACGGGAAGUUCUGCGGCGUGGAGAAGCCGGACGUCAUCACCUCAGUCCACAACAACAUGAGGAUCGAGUUCAAGUCAGACAACACGGUGUCAAAGAGAGGCUUCAAGGCCCACUUCUUCUCUGACAUGGACGAGUGCUCCAAGGAGAACGGAGGUUGUCAGCACGAGUGCGUCAACACCUUCGGGAGCUACAGCUGUCAGUGCCGCGAAGGCUUCGUGCUGCACGACAACAAGCACGACUGCAAAGAAGCCGGCUGUGACCAUGUUAUCAGCAGUGUGUCAGGCACCAUCAGCAGCCCUAACUGGCCUGACCAGUAUCCCAGCAAGAAGUCCUGCAGCUGGGCCCUGUCCACCACCCCGGGCCACCGCAUCAAACUUGUUUUCAACGAGAUCGACAUGGAGUCUCACCAGGAGUGCGCCUACGACCACUUGGAGGUCCACGACGGACAGGACGCCCACGCUCCGAGUCUCGGUCGCUUCUGUGGCACCAAGAAACCGUCGCCGCUCAUUUCUAGUGGCGACAAGAUGUUCCUGAGGUUUUACUCAGACAACUCGGUGCAGAAGAGAGGCUUUGAGGUUUCAUACGGAGCAGGAUGUGGAGGAAGCCUGAGAGCCGAGGUCAAGACAAAGGAUCUGUUCUCUCAUGCUCAGUUUGGAGAUAACAACUACCCCGGUGGCUCCGACUGCCUGUGGGUGGUCACUGCGGAGAAGGGCUACGGCGUGGAGAUCAUCUUCCAAGUGUUUGAGAUCGAGGGGGAGGCCAACUGCGGCUACGACUACGUGGAGCUGUACGACGGCGCCGACGUCAAGUCUCCGCAGCUCGGACGAUACUGUGGAUCUGGGGCUCCAGAUGAGGUCUACUCGGCCGGAGACGCCAUCGUUUUAAAGUUUCACUCGGAUGACAGCAUCAAUAAAAAGGGCUUUCAUGUUCGCUACACCAGCACAAAGUUCCAGGACACGUUACACGCGAGCAAGUGACUCUCAAAAACCUUUCCCCCCUCUCACCCUCCCCCCCCCAAAAAAAAAAAAAAAAACCUAAAUGGAGACUUCACCCCUAGCAUUUGGGCGCACACGCCCUUCUCCAGACGAGGAGUGAAUGCACGGACUGAUACCACAAAACCAACACGCAUACUUCACAUUCACAUCUGCUGCAGAAACUCUGAGUGAGAGAGAGAGAGAGAGAGAGAGAGACUCUCAGUGACGCUCUCUCCUCGUGAGGCUGCACAGCUUGAACACAUCGGUUUUAAAAGGGAUCGUUUUUGUUGUGGGCGGUGUUUAUUCUGCUGAUCGUGUUCUAACACUGGCCUCAGAUGUACUGCGUACCACGUGUGUGUACUGUGAUACUUGAUCCGUAGUCGGCUUUUGUUUUAUUAACUUUGUGUUUUUUGUUUUUUUAUGGCAGAGGUUAAAGAAGUUGACAAAUCUCCUGCUCCGUGUCCUGUCCUGUCAUUUUACUGACGAAGCUCCGGGUGGUCAGAGGAUGCUGGUUCAAAUCCAGAGCCCUAGUAGGGACUGUGAUCCGUUAAUCGACCUAGUGACCCCCCCUGUCCCCCCCCCCCUUCUCCUCAGUGUCUCUGGUGAUUCAGGGAUGGUCACAAUACAGGGAGAAAUUUCUGUUGUGGUUAAAAAAAAAUUUGGACUAAAAAUUCUCAAAAUAGUUUCUCUCUAUAGUUUCCAUAGUUUUUUCUAUUGUUCAGAAAUGCACAUAUUGCAUUUAUAAAAAAAUAUUUUUGGGGGGAUCAUUUAGCUUAAAUUGUAUUGUUUUGUUUUUUUUAAUCUCAAAAAUGUGCAGUCCCGAUGACAGAUGGGUUUAAGAUCUUUGUCAACUUGGAGCCAUUUUCUGUUGGCAGUGGUUGUUAACAGUUAGUCUCCACGGGAGUUGAUGUUUUAAGACAUUUGGGGUAAAAAAAAACCCACUGUGCAGCUUUUAAAGGGGGGGGGGGGGUAAUUAACUUUAAUUUACUGAGGUCCAGUCUGUGAAAAACCAUCAAGGUGGUGAUUAGGGGGAAACCCCAACCCUUUGAUGUAACUUUAACUUUCAGUUAAACCACGGCUCCUCUCACUCGCUGACAGUGGAGUCUCUCUGUGAAGCACGGUUGUGAUUGGCCGGUAAACAUCAAACGGGAAGAGGGGCACCUAAUUUUUUACGAACAUUUUUAAGAUUUUAAUUUUUAAGAAAUAUUACCGAUAUAAAAGCAAAAAAAAAAAAUGUUCUGAUGAAAUUUUAUUUUUUAUUUGGUACAUGUCCAGAUUACACACCAUCUGGGUCCAUAACUGGGCCGCGACCUGCAUAUUACUAACCUCUGAUUCAGACUGUUUUACAGUGGUGACGUAGAAGACGCUGCGAUGUUAACUGGAAUGGACAGAAUU